AUGACACAUGACGCUGCUUGUGCAGGGGCUGGGGCUGAUGGAAGUGUGUUCUUUAGUCCCGAGUCGGUUGCGUCUUUCGACGAUGUAGCAGUCUUCCAAUGCCUCUCACCGUCAAUUGUCGCAUGUGAUAACUCCUCACCAGACCGUAUUUCGUUGUCAAGGCCCAUCGACCGACAGGCUGGCUUCUCCUUCCAUGCGAGGUCUCUAAACGAGGAUUAA